AUGGCAUCAGCCCCCCAACCUCCACACCCUGCCGCGCCAGACACACGUGGAGUUGGUCCAACACGUAGGACAGUAGCGUCAAACACGUCCCCACGUGCAUUACGCGCCGCUCGACGUGGAAAGGAGUCGCAGCCACACGAGCAGCAACGUGAGGAGCUGGUGGGACGGGUGGAAAUAACAGCACCUCGGGAGGCGGCGGGGGAACAGGAGCCGGUGGAGGGCGAGGCGGCUGCGGCCGCGGCGGCAGGGGGAAGUGGCGCAAUGGGGACUGAGUCAGAGGCGGCUGUGACGGUUGAGGCGGCGGCGGCUGCGGGGCUGGAGGGGGUUGCUGCUGAGGCGACUGAGAUGGUGGCUGCUGCUGAGCUUGGCGGGCCUGACGCUGCCUCUGGCGGCGGCUCAGCCUCACCCUCUGCCAUCCCCCAGGCGUGGCAACCGGAGGAGCCGGGACCACCAGUGGCUCAGGAACGGACCGAGGCGGUGGAGCUGGUGGCGCCACCGGAAAAUGUAACGGCGCCUGUGCUGGCUGCGGCGGUGGCAGCGGCGUCAGGGGAACAGGGCGGAGCCCGGACCGAGGAGGGUGCGCCGGUCGCCGUUGCCACAAGGGCAAGAGCGUCACUUGCCAUCUGUGGGGACAAGCGACGGGAGAAGGGAAGCAAGAGAUGGGAUCAGGCUAGCACCAACACCGAUCAUCACGACAGGGAACGCAGUGGCGGGACCAUCAAUGCAACAGCCACCGCGUCGGGAUUCGCGGAACUCGACGGGGGGAGAGGAGAGAACAACCACGGCUACCGCCACGGCUCAACAGACCCCACGGCGUGA